UAUUACGGUAAUAAUUCAAAAGUUGAAUCAACUACAAACAGUUCUCCACAACAUGAUGCGGAGUCCCCAGAAUGCGUAGUUUCACAUUCAGAUUUUGUGUUAGGAUGGUUAGGUCCAAUAUUUAGUUGAACACGAAUAUGCGGAAAGUCAGGAUUCGUAUCUGGUAAGAGAACCGCCCAUCUGAUCGAGUUGAGCGUGUUGUUGUGAGAAGCGCAGUCUACGCUGCCGACCAGUGCCCGGCGUGCUGCUGUAGCUUAGUUGGUAUUUGAAAGUUGGUCCUGUAGACAAUGGCUUGUAGAGUUUGACUAAAGGACGUGGGAGAGGCAUGGGUUGCAACCACAGCAAGGCGUGCGACGGAGUUUGCAAGAAAAAGAGGAAAAGCAAAGCGAAAGAUGGUGAGAAAACCCUGAAGGAGCUCAACAACCAUCAAAAUGGUAAAGUCCCCUUGGAGGAUUUGAAUGUGGGUCUAGAAGCCGAGAAGCAGCUGGAGAAGUAUGAGCGGCAGCUGAAGAUCCUACAGGAGGUUCUGUCUGCGCCUGGGACGCAGGAGAGGGAGGUGCUACUGAAAGACUCCAAUGGAGAGCUCUGUGCACUGGUCCACAGCAUCGUAGAGAAGGUGAAAACCGAGACGGCUACAGACCUCAAUGCUCUCCACGAGGAAAAAAGCAAGAGUGCCACCGAUCAGUACGAGAGCAAGAUUGAAGAACUGCAGACGGCACACCGUGAAGAAGCAGCUCAGCUAACGGAGACCCAUCAGGCUGCUGAGAAUGUGUUAAAGGACAAGGUCGAGGAGCUAACUGAAGAGCUGCUUGUGUACAACAAGUUGAAAAAGAGGGUUGAAGAUUCUACCUUCAAGAAGGACCUGCAGAGGAACAUUCAGGCCCAUGGCAGUCCUGGGCCAUUCUGGGAGCGUGAGCAGGAGAGUCUGCUGUUUGUCAUUGAGAUGAAGAGUGAACGUAUUCAGGAGCAGGGGAACAAACUGCUUCAAAUGCAGGCUCUGACGGAAAAGAAUCUUUCUCUAGAAGACCAGGUCAUCAACGUUCUUCAGCAGAAUGAGGACCUGAGAGUUCGAAUUGACAACUAUCAGAGCCUGAUACAGCAGCUGUCUAAGGAGCACCGGGACCUUCAGGGGGCGCUGGACAGGCAGGCGGGCCUCAGUCAGAGGCUCGGCCAAGAAAAAGAGCAACUCAUGUUUAAACUGAAACACAGAGACUCCUGUCCUACGUUUCCUUCUUUCCCCAUACUGUCCGAGGUCUCUCCCAGCUGAUCCAGGUGGAUCCACGCUGUGCAGAACAUUCAGGAUGGGUUGUGUGUACAUGCACGUCUAGUGUUUCCCCUGGUUUCUCAGAUAUCUGUGAAGAUUCCUGGAAACAGCAGAGAAUAAGGCGCAAGGGAAUCCUCUGACUUGGAAUUCUUCUGUCAGGAUUUCUUGAAAAAACUAAACUUGAAAAGGUUUGUUUUCUAACCCGUGACAACCAAAUUCUUGUUACCUUUUACAAAGGGCUAUAGUCUUUUGCUGGAUGGAACCUGAUGCCAAAUUCUUACAAAGAAAGUGUACCUGCUGUGCCUUCUUCCAUAAUAUUUUGAAAUGGCAUUGUGGUUUUCAGGCAUGGUCUUUACGGUGUUUUGGGCUUACAGUAAGGACUGGAAAUGUUUUUCCUUUCAGCCUUGACUGAAGCAUACUGUUUAAGGUUCUAAAACACUUGAGUACCUGCUGAGACUCUGGUAGAACAGAUAUUCUAACUGUGAUUCCUAUUAUAGAAGUGGUCACUUAUGGUUUGAGUUGCAGUUUUAGUUAUAGGUUAGGAAGAUGUUUGAUCUUUGUACAUAUUGGUGCAAUUUUAAUUUCCAUAUAACAAAGCCUGUAGCUACCUUUUUUUCUUUUGUUGUUCACUUCUAUUGAGCCACUAUUACAUUUAUCGAGAUGUGUUCAAUGUUUUGACACCACUGAGUAUAAAUGCUACACAAUAUACGAUCUUGCCUUAGGCCAGUUUGUGCAAUUUGGUACUGUGCAUAAAUGUUUCCCUCCAUUUUUGUAAGGGUGUGAGCAGAAUAGUGUUCUUUUAGAACAUCAUACACAUUGGAACACAGAAUUCCUAGUAUUAUACGUCUUUCCAACAUAUCGCAGGAUAUUUGAAAUGUUCAGAUUAGGGGUAGGACUAGCUAAAAUGUUACAGUAAUAACUGCACAUCCAUCCUCCCACUUUUUUAUUCUGUCUUAAAUAACCAUUUCUUAUUGCAUUUGUAGAGUAACACCUCAGACUUAACAGAGGUGCACCUAUUUAUGUAAAAUAGACACAUUUUCUCUGUUAAUCCCAAACUGGAACAUAUUUCAGUUUAUAAAUGGUUACCAUAAAGCCUAAACAACUUGUAUAUUGGGAUUUUUUUAUAUAUACAUCUAGAAUGCAGGGGAUUGCCAUGUUGGCAGUGGUAUUUUCUUUUUCCUUUUUUUGCAAUAGGAUUUUUUUUUUUUUUUUAAGUUGCAUUAACCAAAAAGCACUUGUCAGUGUUAUGAUUUUCUUUUGGAUGCACCAGCACUUUCAGUCAGUAUUCCACUCGUACUAAAUGUGAGAGGCUUUUAUUUUUUAAUUUUUUUCGUUUAGUCCUGUUUUAUGUUUAACUGUUUGGACGUUUGUUGGAUGACUGUUAUUUUUCAUAAGUGUGCCCUUGGUCACUGCUUGAGUCCCAAUAAAGAGUUGCAUCUUUACAGUG